AAUUACAAAUCACUCCACAGGUAGUUGUAAAUUUAUGGGCAUUACAUGACCUGAUCUGUUCACAAAAUAAGAAAAAUGGUACCACUAGCCUGCUACCUUCAACUCAUCUUAACAGCUGUUUUCUUUUCCUUCUUCAUUUGCUUGUUCAAAUCCAAUAAGAAUGGUCUUCCAAGGAACUGGCCUUUUCUUGGAAUGUCACCGAUGUUUAUUCUCAUUAAUCUUCGUCGGCUUCCUGAUAAAAUUGCUGAGCUUCUUGAGAGAAAUGAGGGAACUUUUUUGUUAAAAGGUCCCUGGUUUUCAGACGUAGACAUGUUAGUAACAAGUGAUCCUGCAAAUGUGCACUAUGUAACAACCAAGAACUUCUGGAACUACCCUAAAGGACCCGAGUCCAAGCAACUAUUUGAUUUUCUAGGGAAUACGCUUUUCAAUAUGGAUUUUGAUGAAUGGACUUCUGUUAGAAAAAUAACCAAUUCCUAUCUCAAACACCAGCAGUUUCACCGGUUUGUGAACGAAGUCAUCGUUGAUAACGUAAACAAAGGGUUGAUCCCGGUUCUUGAGCACGUAGCAGCACAAGGCCUGGUGGUUGACUUGCAAGACUUAUUUAAAAGGUAUACAUACGAUGCUGCCUGGAAGAUAACUACUGGGUACAGCCCCAACAGCCUCUCCAUUGAUUUUCCAGAAGUUCCAUUCAUAAAUGCCAUAGACGACGCUUGUGAAGCAUCAUUCAACAGGCACCUCUUGCCGGGAAGCUUAUGGAGGUUAAAAAGGUGGCUACAGCUUGGGACAGAAAAGAAACUAAGUGCUGCUAGGAAAACUUUACAUGAUGUUGCGGCAAAAUAUUUGUUGAUGAAAACAGAAGAACUGAAAAAAGCUGGAGAAAAGCAAUUUAAGGAAGAUGAUGCAGAGACCUUUGAUGCUCUAAGAUAUUGCAUGCUAAAUAUACGUGAGCUUGUUGAAACGACAUUUCCGGCCGAGGAAGUCGUGAGAGACAAUAUUAUUUCCCUAACCUUUGCAGCAUAUGACACUUCUGCUCCAACUCUCUCCUGGUUGUUUUGGCUUCUGUCAGAAAAUCCACACGUUGAAGCUAAAAUCAAAGAGGAGCUCCACAACAAUUUUUCUAAGAAGUGGCAGCUAAGCAGCAAAGAAGAAUUGAGAAAGUUGGUUUAUCUCCAUGCUGCUCUGUGCGAAACAUUAAGGCUACACCCCCCAGUCCCCUUCCAACACAGAACUCCAGUACAACCUGAUAUUCUCCCAAGUGGUCACCAUGUGAAUUCGAAGGUAAGAAUUAUCAUGUCCGGGUAUGCAAUCGGAAGGAUGACUUCAGUAUGGGGAGAUGAUUGCCUAGAAUUUAGGCCAGAGAGAUGGAUUGAUGAGAAAGGAACCCUCAAGUAUGAGACUCCAGCUAAGUUCUUUAUAUUUAAUGCAGGACCCAGGACUUGUUUAGGGAAGGAAGUGGCCUUAACAAUGCUAAAAGCAGCUGCAGCAACCAUUGUGUAUAACUACGAUAUUCAAGUUGCGGAAACUCGCUUAGCAACUCCUAAAUCUAGUAUAAUUCUUCAAAUGAAGAAUGGCAUGAGGGUUAGGCUUAAAAGAAAUGCUUGACUGGUCCUAUAUAUGCAUAUCAGGACUCUUAGAACAAGCAUUAAAGAAGGUCUUCCACUGUGUUUAUGUAAGUCUGUGAGCAUCAGUGGUGAAGAGAGAGAGAGAAAGAAUGUUAUUGCUUGUGUAAGAGAAAAAGAUAAGAGCACAAGUACACGGCAAGAAUUUUCUAGCCAAAUUGGUGUCAAUGGUAGAAAGGAGUAACAAGUAGAUGGUGACUUUCUGAUUUU